CACAAUACACAAGGGGAUAAGCUCAAAAAUAAACAAAAGGGGAUAAGCCGGGCAAUCCCACCGCACUUCUCCGCUCCUCCGCCUCGCGGCCUUGCCUCGCCAGAGCAAAAAUGGCUGCCACCGCCACCGCCACCGCCAUGGCGACGGCCACCGCGCCCCCUGCUGCCCCAGUUGUUACCGCAUUGUUCUCCUCCCUCCCACAGCGCCUCCGCUUCUGCCCCAAACCCCUCCUCUCCACCUCCCGCCGCCUUGUGCUUCCGGUCCCCAAGUCCUCCUCCUGGGACGGCGCCGCCUCCGACCAAGAGGAUGUAGAAAGCGAGGCGGAAGCCGUCUCCGGGGAAGAUGCGGAGGAGGACGAGGACGGCGACAAGAAGCCGCUGGCGGAGCCGGUGUCCUCCUCGGAGUUCCAGUUCGCGGCACCGCCGGAGGGCUACGUCGAGCCGGCGCCCUUCGACGAGCUGCCGCCGGAAUCACCGGAUGACGUGACGGCGGCGUACGAGGCGCUCUACGGGCCGGCCUUCAGCGGCGUGUCGCUGAUGGGGAACAACGUGUUCGAGGUCAAGGUCGUGGACCCCGUUGACGUGGACCGGGACCAGCGCCCCAACGACGACUUCACCGAGCGCGUCGUGCAGGUUAACCGAGUCACCAAGGUCGUCAAGGGCGGGAGGCAGCUCUCCUACCGCGCCAUCGUCGUCGUCGGCGACAUGAAGGGACAUGUUGGUGUGGGCGUCGGCAAGGCCAAAGAAGUCACGGAGGCCAUCACCAAGGCUGGCAUGAACGGCCGCCGCAAUCUCGUCACAGUCCCACUUACCAAGUAUAACACCUUCCCGCACAGAGCUAGUGCAGACUAUGGAGCAGCGAAGGUCAUGUUGCGGCCUGCUUGUCCUGGAUCUGGUGUCACUGCAGGUGGAGCUGUGAGGAUUGUGCUGGAAAUGGCUGGAGUUGAAAAUGCUCUGGGGAAGCAGCUGCGAAGCAAGAACCCCCUCAACAACGCAAGAGCUACCGUCAAGGCGACCCAGAUGAUGAGACAGUUCUCAGAUGUCGCCGCAGAGCGCGGUCUUCCAAUGGAGGAGCUAUGGAAAUGAUCAAACAGACCAAAGCUUCUACUGCCAUAGGGAAUUCUUUUCUUUCUUGUGAUGUAUUUUCUUCAGUUGUAUCUAUCUCUCCUCGGCAAUUUCUCUUCUUAAAUCUCCUCCGGGUGUCCAUAUUUGCACGCCAAAAUUUCAGAUGAAAUUAAGUUGGUAUACCAAUAUCAUCUUCUAAUUCAGAUGAAAGGCAAGAGCCAUUUCCUUA